AUGGAAACCGAGUAUUCUAAAAGGGCCUAUCAAGGGGUUAGGGUCAAGCACACAGUGAAAGAUUUACUGGCAGAGAAACGACAAAGACAAACAAAUGGACCAAGAUAUAGUGUGAGUACUCAAAGAACAUCCAGUCAAUCGUCAUUUGUCCAAAUGCCAGGGUCUCACAUGAUCCCUGGCUACUACAGCAUGAGGCGACCCUUCAUCUCUGACUCGGACUUCUCCCCCAAGCAGUUUUCAGCCGAUGUCUACUCCUCAUCCCUUGGGGGCAAGCCUCUGGGUUGUGAUUCAUCGGCCAUGUCGGGAUACUCCUCCUUCAAAGACAGCUACUACCAGGAAACGUUCGGAGACUACCGCAGUUCAGCCUUCACCACCGGAGGGAGCUCCAUCUUCCCCAGCUCCGCCCUGUCCAGUCUGCUACCAUCUUUCUCUGGAGAGUCCCCCCACUUCCUCCUGAGAGAUUCAUGGGAGCAGUCAGUGGCAGACCCAGUGACCCAGGGAGAGGGCUUGUGUGCAGACGGCCUGACCUCUGUUCCAGUCUCCCUGCCCAGCCCCGACCCUCCUGGGAGCCCCUCACAGUACCGCUGCUCCACCCGUAGCUCCUCCAUGGCAUCGGCACAGCCCUAUGCCCUUCACCCUCUGGAAGAAGUACACUAUCACACCUCUUACCCUGCUGCCUCCACUUUCACAUGUCCUUCCUAUAUGACUGUCUCCAACGACCUAGCCUCCAAGAUGGCCCCUCUAGCUAAUGAGGACUCUGACAGUACCCUCACCACACAUAGUGACACGCACUCGUGGGUGAAAGAAGAUGUCGGAAGCUCUUGGUCACCAUAUGAGAUUCGGAGGACUUAUUAA